AUGGGACAAAAAAUAAAUCCAAUUGGUUUCAGACUUGGUACAACCCAAGGUCAUCAUUCCCUUUGGUUCGCACAACCAAAAAAUUAUUCUGAGGGUCUGCAAGAAGAUAAAAAAAUAAGAACUUAUAUCCAGAAUUAUGUACAAAAAAAUAUGAAAACAUCUUCUGGCGUCGAGGGAAUUGCACGUAUAGAGAUUCAAAAAAGAAUCGACCUGAUCCAAAUCAUAAUCUAUAUGGGAUUUCCAAAAAUCUUAAUUGAAAGUCGACCCCGAGGAAUCGAAGAAUUACAGAUGAAUUUACAAAAAGAAUUUCAUUCUGUAAAUAGAAAACUUAACAUUGCUAUCACACGAAUUGAAAAGCCUUACGGAAACCCUAAUAUUCUUGCAGAAUUUAUAGCGGGCCAAUUAAAAAAUAGAGUUUCUUUUCGCAAAGCAAUGAAAAAGGCUAUAGAAUUAACUGAACAAGCAGAUACAAAAGGAAUUCAAGUGCAAAUUGCAGGACGUAUCGACGGAAAAGAAAUUGCGCGUGUUGAAUGGAUCAGAGAGGGGAGGGUUCCACUACAAACCAUUCGAGCUAAAAUUGAUUAUUGUUGCUAUACAGUUCGAACGAUCUAUGGGGUAUUAGGCAUCAAAAUUUGGAUAUUUAUAGACGGGGAAUAA